CUAUAAAAUAACGAGAUGAUGAUAGCUUUGUUUGCUCGUGCCAGCCACACACGAGCAGGCAGCAGCGAUCCUUCGAGCUCUGCUUACUCAGUUGCAAGCAAAAUGGCAAACCGCAGCAGAGCAGCGGCCGUCGUCCUGGCCAUCUCCUCACUAUGCGCCGUCCUUUCGUCGGCCACAGUGACCGUCAACGAGCCCCUCGCCGCCGGCCUCUCCUGGAGCUUCUACGAUGCGUCGUGCCCGUCCGUGGAGGGCAUCGUGCGGUGGCACGUCACCGAGGCACUCCGCCGCGACGUCGGCAUCGCCGCCGGCCUCAUCCGCAUCUUUUUCCAUGAUUGCUUCCCGCAGGGCUGCGACGCGUCGCUCCUCCUGUCCGGGUCCAGCAGCGAGCAGUCGGAGCUCCCGAACCAGACGCUACGGCCCGAGGCGCUCAAGCUCAUCGACGACAUCCGCGCCGCCGUCCACUCCGCCUGCGGCCCCAAGGUCUCCUGCGCCGACAUCACCACGCUCGCAACCCGUGACGCCGUCGUCGCCUCCGGAGGGCCCUUCUUCGAGGUGCCGCUGGGGCGCCGCGACGGGUUCGCGCCGGCAUCGCGCGACCUGGUCGGCACCCUGCCGGCCCCCUUCUCCGACGUGCCCACGCUCAUCGAGUCGUUCAAGAACCGCAGCCUCGACACGGCUGACCUCGUGGCGCUCUCCGGCGCGCACACCGUCGGCCGCGGCCACUGCGGGUCCUUCAGCGACCGCCUCCCGCCCAACGCCGACGACACCAUCGACCCGGUCUUCAGGCAGAAGCUGGCCGCCAAGUGCGCGAACGACCCCAAGGGCACCGUGACGCAGGUGCUGGACGUGCGGACGCCCAACGCCUUCGACAACAAGUACUACUUCGACCUGAUCGCGAAGCAGGGGCUGUUCAAGUCGGACCAGGGCCUCAUGAACCACCCGGCCACCAAGCGCAUGGCCACGCGCUUCUCGCUCAACCAGGCCGCCUUCUUCGACCAGUUCUCCAGGUCCAUGGUGAAGAUGAGCCAGAUGGAUGUGCUCACCGGCAACGCGGGGGAAAUCCGCCUCAACUGCGCCGCGCGCAACUCCCGGGUCUCAGGCCUCGACGCCGCCGGCGACGAGGGGCUCGCGGCUGAUGCGUAAUUGCUAGCUAGCUAGCUAGCAAGGUCACCUCAGCUCAGCAGCAUGUACGUCAAUGUGCAACGCUAGCUACCUAGUAGCGUGUGCAUUUUAGUCCUCAGCAUGGCUCGUUUUAGCUAGUUUGUUCCAUCGUUGUAAUAAGGUCGAUUUGACCUGCAUGCAUGGUCAAAUGGUUUCCCUUCGUCUA